UCUUUUAUGAAGCAUUGGUGGGCUGUAGUUUUUUUUUUUUUUUCAUGCAGCAGAGUAGAAAACACAAAUGUGCAAUCUUGUGAAAGCAAUUUGUGUGCACACAGCAUUUGGACAAAGGAGUGUGAAGUUUGAAACAAUUAAAUGCUCAGGACCUCGUGUUUCUUCUGAUUUGAAGGCACCAUGAAAAACACAGCAAACCUUACCUCUCAUCAAGAUUUGUGGCGCAACAUGACGGCUGCAAACACCACCUGGGUUUACCAUCCUGCUGUGGACCCAGUGAUUGGCAAUGUCAUUACAGUAAUGUUUACAAUCAUAAUCAUCAUCACCAUGGUUUCACUUGGAUGCACCAUGGAGGUGUCUAAGAUCAAGAAUUACAUCAUGAAACCUAAGGGGUUGGCUAUUGCAGCUACGGCCCAGUAUGGGAUCAUGCCUCUUACAGCCUUUUGCUUAGUUAAGGGGUUCCAGUUGAGUGAUAUAACAGGUGUGGUUGUUCUGGUAUGUGGCUGCUGUCCUGGAGGAAUUUUCUCCAACUCCAUGGCUCUGGCUAUACAUGGGGACAUGAACCUCAGCAUCGUGAUGACUUCCUGCUCCACAAUGUUGGCUCUGGGUAUGAUGCCUCUCCUGCUCUUCAUCUACUGCCAGGGUUUCCCCAGCGUGCGGAACGCUGUCCCUUAUGGUGAAAUUAUGUUAUCGUUGGUAUUGAUCCUUGUCCCGUGCAGCAUCGGCAUCGGCAUCAAGACCUACAGGCCGCAGUACUCGAAGAGGUUCACAAAGGUAGGCAUGAUUAUAAUGCUGAUGUUUCUUGUGGGGACCUUGAUCUUAAUCGGUGUUGGAAGCGGACAUGUCAUCCUGACUAUGAUGUCUCCUUCGCUCUUCGCCAUCGCUGGUUUCAUGCCUUUGAUAGGCUACUGCUUAGGAUACGCCUUCUCUUCGAUCUUCAGACUCAUCCACAGGGAGGCGGAGGACCGUUUCCAUGGAAACGGGCUGUCAGAAUGUCCCGCUGUGCACAACCAUAUUGAAGGUAGCUUUCCCUGAAGAAGUGGUGGGUCCUCUGUAUCUGUUCCCGACAGUCUACUUGGUGUUUCAGUUGUUGGAGGCGGCGAUUAUCAUCAUGCUGUUUAGGUGCUACCAAAGGUUUAAGAGAAAUGAGAAAGAAACUUACCAAGCUGCUGCCACUGGAGGGGAUCUGAAAGAGUCUGAUGUGUGAUGUCAAUUGCCACUCAUAUAUGUCUCUAUUAACGUGAACUGUUUCACCAAAGGGGCUCCACAUGAAGUAACCAAAAAUAGCUUACUUACAGCUUAAUGAACAAACAGAAAAAUGUGCAACUGUAUUUCUUGAUUAUAAAACAAUAUCAUUAUCUGAAACCUGUAAAUGUAUUAGUAACUUCAGUUAUAAAUCACUAAUGAAGACAAAAUCCAGUUUUAAAUAAAUUUUU